UGAGGAGCUUCAUCCCUUCACAACAUUUUGCAUUUCAACAUUUUGAGACAUUUGCACGUUUGCUUUUGCUUUUGCUUAGACAUGAAGAGAGAUAUGACAAGAGAGGAAUUAGGGUUUGGAAUUAAGGGUUUGGACAUGGCAAAGUGUCUAAUGCUAUUAUCAUGCGGCAUGCAGACCAAAACAUGUUCGUCUUCAAACGAUGUGUUCGAGUGCAAGACUUGCAACCGGAAGUUUGCGUCGUUCCAAGCUCUCGGCGGCCAUAGAGCGAGCCAUAAGAGGCUGAGAACAUCGACGAGUCAUGAUGAUGAAGACCGUAAAAAUGAACCUGAAAAAGGAAGCGAUAAGUUGAUGGUGACAAACAAGAAGGCUAAAACACAUGAGUGCUCGAUAUGUGGAUCAAAGUUCGGCAUGGGACAAGCCUUGGGUGGUCAUAUGAGGAGGCACAAAGCUUCUAAUAUGAACAUGGUCAGUUUUCCUCAUGCUCCUUCAGUUGUUUCGUCGAAGAUUCCAGUCUUAACAAGGUCGAAUAGUAAAAGAGUUAUGAGCUUGGAGAUGGAUUUGAACUUGACACCAUUGGAGAAUGACUUGAAGUUAUUGUUUGGGAAGAUGGCACCAAAAGUUGAUGCUUUUGCAUCAUAAUUAUUUGAUGUACUUGUAACAUACCAUGGGGACUCACCAUUGUAUUAUUCUCAUUAGUUCUAAAUUUUAUUCGAUUAUUAAUUUUAUCAACGUUAUUAAUUGAAUUAUCACUUUGAUUUUCUUAA